CAGGCAUCGUCCAUGGCGGCAUGUGUCUGGGCGUCGCAUUGUUUCGGAUGCGUGCCGCGUGCAACAACAAGUGGCUGUGUCUACCCCACUCACCAACGACCCUUUUGCGCCCAGCUCAUAUCACUCGCUGCAUGUGGCCGUGCAAGCAUUGAGCACGAGACCUUGCGAGCUACCCGUGUGACUGCGCCGUAUCAACGACUGGUCGUCGUGUGGCCGUGCAAGCUUCGUGCAGAAAAGAGAAGUGCCGCCUCUCCUUCUCCUCCGACUACACAGCUGUGCUACAAGGAAGCUACACGAGGCAUCGUCGACGCCACUGGCCAUUGGCUCUGUCUCUUUUUCUGGUUCCCCUUCAUUUUGCUUUCGUGAAGGUGUCACUUGGACCUCACUUCAGCACUGUUUCUCGACCCGAGCCCACCACCUCUACAAUGUCGCCGCGUGAGCCUGUGCUGCGGGCAUGUGCUUCUUCCAGGCGACAUGCUCCAAAGCCGCAGAGUAGGCGCGCCCCUCAGCGGACCGCGUGCUUCACACUCCUCGUGGUGCUCGCAGCCAUGCUUCUCUUGGACAAGCAACGCCUUGGCGUGGUAGCUGUCUCCACAUAUGGCAUGACCGACCCCGGCUUCACGACGUGCUUACGCAGUGUCGCAGCCGAUUCUUCCACGAACAGCACCUCGUCUCCGACUUUGACCAGCAACAACUCCACCACGACGGCUCCAACAACCGCACGUCAUAACGCCACUGCCGUUCCCGCCACAGAUGUCAAGAGCAGCAACUUCACGAGCACAACGGCACCAGCCUUGCCCACAACCACAGCGGCAGCGCCGGCGGUGUUUGGUGAGCCUUGGCAAGAAGGCUGCUUCCGAGACGUGGAGUGCGUGGUGGACCUCGAUUUCGACGGCAGUGCCUGCGUGCGACAGACAAACACAUCCAUUCCCGCAUCGACAAACACUUCCGCGUGGGGCUUAUCUGCGUCCCCGCCCCACCGCGUGGCCAUGCUGGGACCGGGCAGCGACGCAUGCUUCCAGCGCGUCAUGCGUGGUGCUGUGCCACAACACACGAGCGCGCAGUUCAGCUUUCUGCUGUUCCUCCCCAACCCAGCCGCCGCCAUUAUGCACCCGCCACGCAUCACGAUCACCACCGUCGGCGUCAUCAUCAGUUCUGGCGACAGCGGUCCAUCGACGACAACGACACCAACAGCAAGAAACACAACGACAACCACGAAAACACCAACGACGAACACGACGACGACGACGCAAACCACCACCACACCAACGGCCACGACAGCACAGGUGCCAGCAGAGCUUAUCCCGACGUUUUCGGUGGUGUACGAUGAUGUGGUGGACCUGACACUGGCAGCGAACACGACGCUAGCGAAUGUCACCCACCCUCUUAUUGUCCCCGUGCACAUCGACAUGAGCACACCAGACUACGUGGUGACCGCUUUCGUUGCCUGCUUGCAGGCAUCGGGUGACACCAACAGCAGUACCAACAGCAACACCAACAGCAGUGCCACAAGCACGACAACAACUGCGAUGCCGGACAGCAUCUCGGCAGCCAGCAGCACCACCGCGCCCACGUACCACCCCAUUGGCAUCUUGUCCGCUCGCGCCACCUUCAACGUUUCACACGAGGAAGUGCUGUUGCAGACGACAACAGCACCCGACAUGGACGCGACGACCGAACCCGUGCUUGCAAGCACGGUGGCAGAGUUUGUGAACGAGACCGUCGUAGACGCGGAGGGCACCAACGGCACGGCAGGCGCUGGCGGCGGUGAUGGGGACGGGUCCUCCCUUGAGCUGCCAACGUUCGUACCGCCAACUACAACCACAGCCCCUGGAGAGGACGGCGUGGAGGGUUUAAACGGAGCCGUCUUGGAGCGAAACUUCAACAGCACCAUCCCCACAACAUCAUCGCCGGCAUGGCUGCUCGCGUCAACCCGCGUGAGCACAACCACCCCAGCCGACACCAACAACAACAGCGGGUCUGGCCAGGAUCGCGGCACGAAGCGCGUGCGGAGAAUUGCGCUCAUCAUCUACCUCAUUGUUGGGUUUGGCUCCGGCAUACUGCUCAUCGCAGCUGCGUUCUACUAUCUCGGCAAGUGCGUGCGCCGCCGGUACUUCCUGCCCGCCCUUGACGACGGCGACAUUGAGCAAGGCAGCGAUGAGGACAGCGAGCAGGACGCGUUGCCAGAUGAGCACGUGGUGCUGGAGCGGCUACAGAUGGAUGACGAGGGCCGUCCGCUCAACGUGCUCGGCGUGCCGCAACACCCCAACGGCGCACACGCGUCGGCAACCACAGACCACCGGCGCCCGCAGGUGCUGGCACUUCAGGGCAUCGAGAGCAACCUCAGCCUGGGAAGCACAGGCUCGCACCAGCAACAGCAACAACAGCAGCAAGGUGCACAAGAGGGGACGGAGAGCCAGGAGUGGAAGAAGAACAAGAACAAGACGAAGAAGCGCGUGCGGUGGAAGAUGGACGAGGAAGGUGGUGAUAAACCCCAUCAACACAAAGUCGAGCAACAGCGUGACCGGCAGCGGCAGCAACAACUGCCGCCGGACGUUCACAUCUUGCAACCGCUAGAUGAUGACACCUCGUUGCACCAACAAUUCUCUCUUGAUCAACAGCAGCAGCAGCAGCAGCAGCAGCAGCAGCAGCAGCAGCAGCAGCAGGCAGCCAUAGAGGUGUUAUCACCACCGCCAACGGCAACUCCUGCCGUGCGCCAUGCAUACGCUCGAAGCAUCCGCCCAGCGGCCGUGGUUGUGGGCCACGCUGUGUAUGAGGAGAUUCCAGCAGACACUGCGACGGGCAACAGCUGCGGUGCACACGUGCACAGGUCUGGUGCGGGCGGCUAUGACAGCUUUGGCCUCAACCACGUGAAUGGUGGUGGUGGUGGUGGUGGUGGUGGUGGUGGUGGUGCGCGUGGUCUCCGUGACGGCAGCGAUGAUCGUGUGCACGCCGGCAUUCCCGCAGCUUGCACGGGGUCAACAGCUAUUGCCACUCCAUCAACACUGGUGCCCACACCAGCACCACCACUUCUGGCACCAGCACGGGCGUCAGCAGGAGCCAGCGCGCAGUGGACCCCGCGGCCACCACCCGUGUCCAACCUGCUCCAAGUUCCAUCCAUUGUUGACCCGUCAGAAGCUAUGCCACCACAGCCAACGCAACCACAGCAGCAGCGAAACCAGGUCGCUGGCGAUGGCGGUGAAGGGGCAGUCAAGGUUGUGAUUGAGCCUGCAUAUGCACACAUCCCCGGAGGUGAGGAACAGAUGCCCGGGACCGCAACAACAACGGCAGCAGCAGCGACAACAACAACCACAGGUUUUGACACCAGGAACCAGGCGAGCACCAACGACAACAACGCCGACCAUCGUCGUGUUGUCGGGGACAACGAUGACGAUGACAAUGACGAAGAAGAAGACGACCCAGCGUCGUGGUCAUCGCUUCAUGUGCAUGUGAACGACACGUCGGAAGAACCGUCCAUCACCAUAACCGUCACCAGCAGCGAUGAUGAAGACGAAGAUACACACCAUCCCAACAUCAACAGCAACAAGAACGUGGACAGCACAACGGCGCUGCGCCACGGCAAAGCUGACGCCCCUUCAAACAACAGCGACGGCAGUGCUCACCAGCUGCGCGCUGGGCCAUCGCGGGCGAGCAUGAGCGACGAAGGAAGGGACAGUGGUAAUGGUGACGGUGAUCGUGUGUAUGAGCGAGUGGGCGCUGUUGGCUCGUCGGAAGCGCUGCCACCUUCAGCAUUUGCAUCGUCAUCAUCGUCAUCGUUGGUUCGCCGCGGCCGCGACCACCCGUACGCAGUGGUGAGCACAUCCUCUUCCGUGUUCUCCACAUCCUCGCAGCAGCAGACAUUCGCGAACGCCAGCAGCCGUCGCAGGCGCAGCAGUAGCAAUGGUGCGUCGACCACGGCGCAGGAGGGCGAGGACUCACCGUGGAUUGGAGACAUUAUGCUGUCGGACAGUGCCGGCCUUCGCUCGCCACGCAGCUCUGGUUCUGUUCACAGCACACGUGUCUGGCGCCCGUUCACGGCCAGCAUUCGUGGCGACGGCGGCGUUGAUGAUGACGGUGAUGACAGUGAUGGGUACGUUGAGGUUGGCUCGCUGUUCUCGUCUGCCCGCGCCUCGGCAGACACGACGCUGGCUGGUCGUCGUCGGCGCUCCACAGCCAGCAGCGCCCACAGCAGCCGCCACGGUAGCAUGGGCAGCCUGCCCGCAUUUGCACGGCUGUCGUCCAUUGCUUCAUCCCUGUCGCAGUCGUCAUCGUUAUCGUCGUCCUCCUCCGUUGCUGAGCGCCGCUCUCGGUUCCGUCCCUCGUACACGUCUGCCAACGGUCCACCGCCACCGGCGCCCCCGCCACGGCCCUCGCUUGGCCAGAUCAGCGUUGCAUCGCCCUCGCCCCUGCACGCACGCACACACGCGCGCAGCCAGCGGCUGCACAGCGCACCAGAGCCCGUGCUGUCAUCACUUUGGCAACGCGAUGGGGGUGCUCACGGUGGCAUGUACACGUCAGCAGAUGAGCGGCAGCAGCAGCAACGGCAACAGUAUCGUCGUCGCAGGCACACGCAUACGGGGGAGGAGGGCCGUGGUGCCAAGACACGCGCGCGCGCCAUGCACGAAACCAUGCACGGCUGGUCGCGUGAAGAAGACGACACUGCUCCGGCAGGGAGCAGCUGGCAGCAGCAGCAGCAGCAGCAGCAGCAGCCAGUGAGCGGCACCCAGCGUCACAGCCGUCACAGUCGUGGCAGCCGUGGCAGUCGUGGCAGCCGUGGCAGCAGAGCGAGCAGAAGCAGUGGCAGCACGCUGCUCUCCAUCAUUCCAGAGAGCAUCAGUGAGACCGCCAGUCACCACUGA